GUUGUCGAAUGUCUGACGUAGUAAUAAUUGUGCUAAACAACACCUAUUAAGGUUCCAGAGUACCUCGAGCUCCACUGACAAAGCCCUAUGCUCGUGCAAACAUUUUACUAUAGUUAUUAUGUGAUUCACAUAAUUCCUAUCUGAAUACAAACUUAUUAUGUAUGUUGUGGCAACACCAGAUAAUACCUCAGUUAUCAGUCAGUGAACUGUCAUAGUAGGUUAUCUUGAUACAUAGUUUUCAUAUUUUUUUCAAAUAAAGUGUGUGCAGUAACUACAAUGUCCCAAAUAUCGAGUACGAAGCAACCUCAUAUGCAGGAAAUUGAUCUUGCCACUCUGAAUAUUCAACAGUUAGGCACAUUAAAGCAGAGAGUAGAUCAGGAAUUGGAAGCCUUUCAAGACUCACUGACAUCUCUGAAAGUGGCACAGCAAAAAUUCCAGAGCUCUAAUGAAACACUGCAAAAUUUGGAUGCCAGUGUGGAAGGCAAAGAUAUUCUGGUCCCUCUUACAGGAUCUAUGUAUGUUCCAGGUAAAUUGGUAGACACAAGUAAUGUCAUCAUUGAUAUUGGAACACGAUAUUACGUUGAAAAGGAUAUUCCAUCUGCCAGAGACUAUUUCCAAAGAAAAACGAAAUUUGUCACUGAGCAAAUGGAAAAAAUUCAAUACUUGGGAUUGGAAAAGAGCCAGCUUAGGGAUGCUAUUGUAGAAAUAAUCCAAAUGAAAUUGAAUCAACAGCAGCAGCAGCAGCAGCAGCACGCUUAGCGAAAUACACAGUUCAACCCUUCAUUAUUGCAUUAUUGCACUAGAGAUUGAUUACUUGCUGUUGAAAUACAUGCUAUUAAAAUUUGAUUUUAUAUCAAAAUUUCCCAGUUUGUGUGCAUUAUCUCUUAAUUUUUUUGUAAAUAAGACCGUUACAGUUGAUAGCGUCCUAUUCUUAAUUUAACAUGGAGUUGUGCAUUUCAUUCUCGUAGAUACUAAUUAAAAGACAUUUUCAAUUUUUAA